AAACAGCCAGACAUACAGUAAUGCACCAAGAGCAUCUUAUUUGAUUCUAUAUAUAUCUAUCAAUCUUUUUAAUUAUUAAAAAAAUACUUUGAUAAAAAAUAAAUAAAUAACAUAAUAGUCAUCUGAAUUGCAAGUACAAAAGUUUAGCUCUGUAAAAAUUGAACAUUUUAAAACUGCAUUUCUAUAUUAAAUUUUUAUCAUCCAGCACGUAUAUGAUUGAAGUAUACGUUUGACAUAUGUAUUGCGUAAAAAAUUGCGAGCUUUUCGGUGAGGUUAAGUAUAUCUCGCUUAUCAAAAGAAAAAGUGGAUUGGAGGAAGAGAACAGGAAGGAGGGAGAGAGAGAGAGAGAGAGAGAGAGAGACUCGAUAAAAAAUUUCGGAGAGAAGCAGUCUCGGAUUUCCCGCGUCCAUGCGCGCAUCCGACGAUCAAUAUAUCGCGGCAGGUAUAAGCGCGCGCACACACGGUCCUGGUUCGAUAGCGACUAAUACAUUCGUCUCCAUUCUUCGGUCCUGAAUUUUUGCUGCCCGCUUCGAGAGGAACACACAAUUGCUUUUAUUUCGCACUCAAACGCGAAGAUCCAUCGAAUCAUCAUGUCGAGCAGCAAGUGUAUCAAGCAACCGCGAAAGACGUACAUCAAGGAGCAGCACGAGAUGACGCACUCCGAAAAGCUGAGACUGAUCGACGAUGAGCUUAAUUCGUUUUACAAAUACUGUCAGCAGGCGGGCUUCACCGAGGAGGAAAUGGAUAUUAUUUGCCAGCCACUCGUAGCGGCGAUGCGUCGCUCGUGGUUGCAACUCGUCUUCCGUGGCACCCUGGUGCUCAUAGUGCUCGGCACUCUGGCAUGUCUCGCGGCGCAGCUCGACUUCGUCGGUACCCAUUUCACCGCCCUCAGUCGUCUGCUGCUAAUCAAGGUGUUGCCGAUCUGGAACUGGCAGCCGCUCUAUUAUGAGAAUUGCAUGAUCAACAAUCCCUUCUAUAAUGAUUAUACUAUCACGGAGGAGGACUGCGUGACUUGCGAGGCGCUGGAGACGAUCGAUCGUUUGUCGGAUGUGCGAUAUCGUAAUCUGGUCGAUAAUUAUCUGAGCCGCGAUGCACCCGCUAUCAUCACCGACGCAAUGGACUCAUGGGCGGUGAUGAAUACCGAUUAUUUUUGGUUCGACAACAUCACCCAUCUCUAUUUGGAGAACGAACGGCUGAUGGAGACGGUACCCUGCGCCCUGACCUCCAAUCUGCGUACCGGCUCGUCCGAUCUCGCGGCCUUUCUACGCCGCGUGCACGCGCCUGAGGUGGCCAAGUGGUUUGUCCACUGGCAGAACUGCGACAUCAAUGCUGUAAAAGUGCUCAGAAAGUACUACCAGCGGCCGUACUUCCUUUCCAGCACGGUUUCGCCGGCGCAUUUCAACUGGGUACUCAUGUCCUCGGAUUACAACAGCCCGAGCUAUAAGAAGGUCGAACUCGACUCCGGUUUGAUCGCGCUCGCGCAGCUUCGCGGCGCGACUCAGCUGCGGCUCACUCCCAUUAAUCCCUGCAACAGCUCCUGCCCGGAGCUAAUCGCUGAUUUGCAUCAGGGCGAGAUGCUUGUUUUCACGAACUUAAUGUGGACGCUCGAGUACGCGCCGAUGCGCGGCCUGGAUAACAUUGCCAUAUUGACGGAAACCGUCUGGGAGGAAGACACGUAGAUUACAUCGUCGAACAUGGUCUCGAAAAAGAAAUAUUCUUAGUCCUUCAAUACUCUCCGACAGUUAUCGAUCGAUAUUGUAUACUCGUUCCUCAUUAUGAUGACGCGCUAAAUAAAGAUUGAGCACAUCCCUGUUUU